AUCAGAGCGCGCGGUUUCUGGCCGCCAAAAGGAAAAUUCCAUGUCGCAUUUUCCCUCUCUAUGCUCUUUCGUAUUAUUCGUCUUCCACUCCAUUGCCAUUCUUUCUAUCUCUACCCAAUUCUCUCUGUCGCCUCAGUUGAUUACAACAAGGCACAAAUGGCAAGGAAAAGAGUGGAGGCUGAAUCUGCUACUGCUACUGGGACUACCACUUCCAUGGUUCGCGGAAAGGAUGGCAGUGCUUUUGGUAGAUGUGAAGAGUGCAAGAAGCAUGUUCCUGUGGCUCUUAUCAGCAUGCACAGCUGUAGCCUUGAUGCUAGAAUCAAGAUGAACUUGGAGGCUCAAGUCGUGGAAAAGCCCGCUGAAGUUAAGAAGAAAACAGAAAGGAAAAAAGCAACAUCAACAGAACCAAAGGCAAAAAAAGCUAAGAAAGAGAAGAAGGGCAACAAUCCAAACAAGCCUAAACGUCCUCCCACUGCCUUCUUUAUCUUCAUGGAUGAAUUUAGAAAAGCCUUCAAGGAAGCAAAUCCAGACAGUAAGGAUGUUAAAAAGGUUGCAAAGGAAGCAGGUGAAAAAUGGAAGUGUAUGACUGAUGAAGAAAAGAAACCGUAUGUGAGUAAGGCUGCUGAGCUUAAGGCUGAGUAUGACAAAGCCUUGGAAGCUAACAAUGCUGAAAUUGAAGAUGAUCAGGAUGAAGGGGGUUCAGAGAAGGAAGGAGCUGAGCAGGAAGUACAAGAAGUGUUGGAUGAAGAGUAGCAUAGUUUGAAGAUUUUUAAAUGUUUAUUGUGGGAAUGACUCUGCCAAUAGGAUUGUAAAUUUUAGUGUCUGUUGCAUUCAAUUGGUAACGUUAGUUGUUUUAUAUUGUUAGGACUUGAGAGAAAUAUGAUUUCCAAAGACUUGCUUGGAUCAUAGAUUGUUAGCAAUCAUUUUGGCCUUAUCUUCAA